AUGGUCAGUGUGGCUGUCCACCAGCUGAAGCCUUCAGUGUCUGUGGAUCAACACACCUGCUUGGUGUGUCUGGAGGUCCCGAAGGAGCCGGUCACUAUCCCGUGUGGACACAGCUACUGCGUGGACUGUAUUAAUAACUACUGGGACAAGUCCAACACAACGGGGUUCUACCUCUGCCCUCAGUGCACACAGAUAUUUGAUGGGAGACCAGAGCUUAACAGAAAGGCCAUGUCAACAGAUUUAAAAGAAGUGGAGGUGAGGGCUGACGUUGCCCCAUCUCAGAGCAACAUUGGACCUAGUGAUGUGCCCUGUGAUGUGUGCACUGGAAGAAAAAGGAAAUCUUCAAAGACUUGUCUGACCUGCAUGGCCUCCUACUGUGAGGAUCACCUCCAGUUACACAGGGAGUGUGGAGCCUUCAAGAGACACAAACUGGAGGAGCCGACUGGAAAUCUCAAGGACAGAAUCUGCACAAAACACCAGAAAGUUCUGGAAAUCUUCUGUAGGACCGACGAGAGCUUCAUCUGCUUAUUGUGUGCGGCGACUGAGCAUAAGAGUCACAACACAGUGACACCUGAUGUGGAGAGAGCUGGGAGACAGAGUCAUUUGGAAAAGAAAAAGACUGAAAUGAAAAAGCAAAUUCAGGAGAAAGAGAAAAAACUGGAGGAAAUGAAGAGAACCAUAAUGAGGAUUCAGUACCUGAGACAAAAAGAAUUGCAGAAACAUAAGAAGACCUUCAAGUCCAUCUUUCAAGCUCUUGAGAGGCUGUGGUUGGAGAUUGGAAGUCUGAUUCGAGAUUAUGAGAGGAGGGAGGUGAGAAAGACCGAAGACGUUGUUGAGCGACUGGACAGAGAGAUCAAGGAGCUGAAGAGGACAGACGCAGAGCUGACAGAUCUCUCACAGGCCGACGACCACAUCCACUUCCUAAAGAAGUUUUCAUCACUCUGUGCCCCUCCUGAAGAUGAAGAUAUAACUGACGUCACCAUUAAUGAAGAUUUUCUUCCUGAGACACUGAAGAAGGGCCUUUCUACUCUGAUGAAGAAUCUGGAGGCGAUGAGUGGCUGGGAGUUUGUGAAGACCAUUAAGACCGGGGCUGACGAUGCAAGUCACGUCCUGCAGAAUCUGAAGAGUAGAAAUGGACUUUUGCAGCACUCCUGUCCACUCUCCCUGGACCCCAGCACAGCACACCGAUGGCUAGAUCUGUCUGAAGGGAACAGGAAGGUAAAACGCCACGUGACAGAGACCCAAUACCCCGAUCACUCAAACAGAUUUGACUUUUGUCACCAAGUUCUGUGCAGAGAGACUCUGAGUGGGACUCGCUGUUACUGGGAGGUCGAGUGGAGCGGUGAGUGGGCCGAGAUUGGAGUCGCAUAUAAAGGGAUUGGCAGGAAAGGAUGGAGUUACGAGUCUCUCCUUGGAUGGAAUGACAAGUCUUGGAGUUUAAUCUGCUCCGAGUCCACAUUUUCUGUGUGGCACAAUAAUGUGAGGACUGAAAUCAGAGCACCCCACAGCCACAGAAUAGGUGUGUAUCUGGACUAUCCUGCAGGCUUUCUGGCCUUUUAUGGCAUCUCAGACACAAUGACCCUCCUGCACAGGUUCAAAACCUCCUUCACUGAGCCUCUCUAUCCAGGGUUUGGUGUUGGAUGGGACUCAAGUGUGACAAUCUGCCCUCUUAACUUGUCUGACCAGUGACUGGUGUCACAUGCAGUUCAUUUCAUGUCUCCUGUCACACACACUGUCAUGUUAUUUUGAAGUGAACAGAAUAAAAAUCAGCAUAUUGUGAUGGAAUUCUUCUUCCUGGAACCCCCUCCUGGAGUGGGUAAGCAGAGUCUCAAUCCUUCAUGGAGGUCUUCAACAGGAGAACUAAGAGAAGAUCAGACUGUGAGACUACAUUCAUGCAGUGAACAUAAAUCUAAAAACUGCCAUCAUUAGGUGACCUUUCUCCUUCUCCCUUAUUUAUGUUCAGUACUCUCAGUGGCCACAAGGUGGCACUGUUGCUGUAAAAUUUAAGCUCAGCCACGCAAAGAGAGAUGUAAGAAUUGUGUCCACGUCGCCCAGAAAAUGAAAUCCUAGUUUGGUUUGAAAAUAUUGAAUAGUGAGUAUAAAUGAAAGAUUACAUUAAAUCUAAUAAACCAGUAUGGUCCUUG